AUGGGCCCUUGCCUUGUGCUAAUGUGCGCCCUCGCCGUCCUCGCUGAAAGCAGACCGGGAUCGGCCCUCGCCAGACAACUAUCACAUUCCACGUCAUUCAGAGAAUUGGCUGAAGCCCUUGAAGAUGCCGUCCAGCGGAUUCGGAUCAGAAGAUAUCUAGGGUUGAAUGGGAUAGAUGAGCGAGAGAAAAGGGCCGAAAACGACUGGGAACGAAUAGCGCCGAUCUGGGGCCGA